UUAGGACGGUACAAGUGGAACAGCGAUGGAUGGAUCGGCCCACUAAAAUUGACUCUGCCCUCAAACAAUCUGUGGCUGAACUUGCCACACUUCGCUAUGCAGUUGAUCAAUGGAGGAAUGCCUGCAACAUUAAGUUGCCCUUGCAGAGAGUGACCAUCGAAGGCCUAAAAGGGGCUCUUAGUGACCCUAAUUGCCCAGUACGGCUGGAAGCCAUAAUAACUUGUGCUUUGGGAGCAGUUAAUGGACCACAAGAAGAGCUUGACCCUGGCAAAGCAGGUAAGGGAUGCAAACUGAAGGCAGUUCCUCAAGAGCUGCUGGCUCUCAUUGUCUCGGCGCUUGAUGACCCAGUGAAGAGAGUUCAGAUGGCUGCUACAGUGUGCCAAUAUGCCAUGAGGACACCUAACGCACGUGCCAGAGACAUACUACGGAGCACAUUGAAGCAAGACCCUUCUGGCACAGGUGCAGACAGCUGGGUAGCUGCACAGUGCUUGGCGAUAGACGGUGAUACGAGUCAAGCUGUCAUACAGAGACUCUUGUCACAGCACUUUCUCAGAGACGCUACUUCAGAUCGCGAGCAGUCUAGGAUGCUACUCUCCAACAUUAGCAGCAACACUACACUGGUGCGCUCUCUUCUGGCAGAAGAGUUAAACAGUGCUAACUGCAGAACACGAGUUCAGGCCUGUGCUAGCAUUGCACAGCUCAGAAGUCCAAUAAACAAGGAUCUUUGCAACAAACUGAUAUACAUGAUGUGGAACGACUGGAGCUGUGCUGUUCGUCACGCUGCAGCGCUGGCUCUGAGUAAAAUGGAUGCGGCCAGAGAGAUGCACAGUGAGCUGAGUGCGAAACUGAAGGAGGGUCCAACUGCUUGGCGGGUGGAAGCGCUGAUCUUCAUUGGUCAGCUCAGUAUAAUGACACCCAAGCUACUGCCUACAUUCCUGCGGUGCUUUAAUGAUGACUUUGUGGCUGUGCGUAAACAGGCUUGUUUGACUGCAGCAUCUCUAAUGAUGGAUGACCAGUUGGUCCUGGAUCAGCUUAUGAACCUGAUGCAGAAUGAUCCAUUAUGGGAGGUGAAAGUGGAAGCAAUUGAUGCUUUAGGGCAAAUAGGUUGGAUGAACCCAGCUCUCCAGGAGUUGCUGAUGUGGGCUGUACACCAUGAGGAAGAGCCCAGUGUGCGCAUUGCUGCCUGUAAGGCCCUGAGCACUCUAGAUGCAAAGGGCCCAGAAUUACAGCAUUUUCUACAGGAGCGUAAUGCACUGGAACCCAACGCUGAUGUGCAGAGGCACAUUGAAAGUCUUCUGAAAAAGCAUGGAUACAGUCUGGGGAGAAACGAAAGCAAGAUUGAUGAGAUAAAGCUCCAGGUGGAGCUGUUGUGUACAAAACACAUCAUUACACAGAAAGUGCUCUUAAUGGAAGAGAGGGGAAAGCAGCAAGAGCAAAAAUUAUUGUGCUGAAUUUAUGGUUUCAUUUGUCAUGCUAUAUCAAAUAUUAUAUAUCCAGAAUCAAAUCUUUUAAGUUUUUCCACCUAAAAAUCACCCACUGCUAUCGCAUACAAUCAAGUAAGCAGGCAAGUAAACUUGUUUUGAUGCAUCAGGUAUAGCUGUUCACUAACUUAUGAUACACUGAUGGUAAAUUAAGGUAUCAGCAAAAGGAAAUUAUGU